GUCAUCUUCACCGUCAGUUAGGGUUAUAAAAUAUAAAAACCCCUAAAAUCAAAGACCAGACCUGGAAAACGGAAAAAAACAUUUCACACAUCUACAAAACCACACCUCAAUACACAAAGAUAGAUAAACAAAAUCAAUUGCAGAAUCGAAACUAAGUAUGGCUCGUGGCAGAGCCGACGACGACGACGAGGGAUAUGAAGAUGAAGAAUACGAAGAGGUGAUGGAGGACGAAGAAGAUGAAGAGAUUGAAGAAGAAGAAGUAAGAGGAGGAUCGAAUAGGAAGAGAAGGAGAUCAGAUUUUAUAGAUGAUGUUGCCGAGGAAGAUGAUGAGGAAGAAGAGGAGGAAUACGAUGAAGAUGACGAUGAUUAUGGUGGUGGUGGUGCUGGAAAGAGACAGAAAGCAAAGGCAAGCUCGGGGAAGCAAUUCUUUGAUUUGGAAGCUGAGGUUGAUAGCGAUGAAGAAGAAGAAGAAGAUGAUGAUGCUGAGGAUGAUUUUAUUGUCGAUAAUGGAGCUGAUCUACCUGAUGAAGAUGAUGGUAGAAGGGUUCAUCGUAGGCCAUUGCUCCCUCGGGAGGACGAUCAAGAAGAUAUGGAAGCUCUAGAGAGAAGAAUUCAAGCAAGGUAUGCAAGGUCAAGUCACACAGAAUAUGAUGAAGAGACUACAGAAGUGGAGCAACAAGCUCUUCUGCCAUCUGUUCGGGAUCCCAAAUUGUGGAUGGUGAAAUGUGCGAUUGGCCGUGAACGAGAAACGGCUGUAUGCCUUAUGCAAAAAUAUAUUGAUAAAGGAUCUGAGUUGCAAAUCCGUUCUGCUAUUGCUCUUGAUCAUCUUAAGAAUUAUAUUUAUAUUGAAGCAGAUAAGGAGGCCCAUGUUAGGGAGGCUUGUAAAGGUCUGCGCAAUAUAUACGCCCAGAAAAUAAUGCUUGUCCCAAUCAAAGAAAUGACUGAUGUUCUUUCAGUUGAAAGCAAGGCAAUAGAUCUUUCAAGGGAUACCUGGGUCAGAAUGAAGAUUGGAACAUACAAAGGGGACCUUGCUAAAGUAGUAGAUGUAGAUAAUGUCCGACAGAGAGUUACAGUGAAGUUAAUUCCAAGGAUCGAUCUGCAGGCUCUUGCAAAUAAACUGGAGGGCAGAGAAGUUGCAAAAAAGAAGGCUUUUGUCCCCCCUCCACGGUUUAUGAACGUAGAUGAAGCAAGGGAACUACAUAUUCGUGUAGAGCGAAGAAGGGAUCCUAUGAGCGGUGAUUAUUUUGAAAAUAUUGGUGGAAUGUUGUUUAAAGAUGGAUUCUUGUAUAAAACUGUGUCAAUGAAAUCAAUUAGUGUUCAGAACAUCAAACCAACUUUUGAUGAACUUGAGAAGUUCCGAAAGCCUGGUGAGAAUGAUGGUGAUAUCGUCGGUUUGUCAACCUUAUUUGCAAACAGAAAGAAGGGCCAUUUUGUGAAAGGUGAUGCAGUUAUUAUUGUCAAAGGAGAUUUGAAAAACCUUAAGGGAUGGGUUGAGAAAGUUGAUGAAGAGAAUGUUCAUAUCAAACCUGAAAUGAAGGACCUUCCUAGAACUAUUGCAGUGAAUGAAAAGGAGCUUUGCAAGUACUUCGAACCGGGUAAUCACGUGAAGGUUGUCUCUGGUACCCAGGAGGGUGCAACUGGUAUGGUUGUUAAGGUCGAGCAACAUGUGCUCAUCAUUCUGUCUGAUACAACCAAGGAACACAUUCGUGUUUUUGCCGAUGAUGUUGUGGAAAGCUCUGAGGUAACCACCGGCGUUACAAAAAUUGGAGAUUAUGAGCUUCAUGAUCUGGUGCUAUUGGAUAAUAUGAGCUUUGGUGUAAUAAUACGUGUGGAAAGCGAAGCCUUUCAGGUUCUUAAGGGAGUUCCAGAAAGACCUGAGGUUGCUCUUGUUAGAUUGAGAGAGAUCAAAUGCAAGAUUGAGAAGAAAUUUAAUGUGCAAGAUCGGUACAAGAAUACUAUAGCAGUGAAGGAUGUUGUUAGAAUAAUUGAUGGCCCUUGCAAAGGGAAACAAGGUCCUGUAGAACACAUAUACAAAGGAGUAUUGUUCAUUUAUGAUCGGCAUCAUCUUGAACAUGCUGGAUUUAUUUGUGCUAAAUCGCAUUCUUGUAUUGUUGUGGGAGGAACACGAGCCAAUGGCGAUAGAAAUGGUGAUUCCUACUCGAGAUUUAGCAGUUUUAAAACUCCCCCUCGGGUACCCCAAUCACCAAGGAGAUUUCCAAGAGGUGGUCCUCCAUUUGAGUCUGGAGGAAGGAAUCGUGGUGGAAGAGGAGGGCACGAUGCUCUGGUCGGUACAACGGUGAAGAUACGUCUGGGUCCUUUCAAAGGUUAUCGUGGACGGGUUGUAGAGAUCAAAGGCCCAUCUGUUCGAGUUGAGUUGGAGUCUCAGAUGAAGGUUAUUUUAGUUGAUCGCAAUAAUAUUUCUGACAAUGUGGUUAUAUCUACUCCACACCGGGAUUCAUCUCGGUAUGGUAUGGGAAGUGAAACUCCCAUGCAUCCUUCUCGGACUCCACUGCACCCAUAUAUGACACCAAUGAGAGAUGCUGGAGGUUCAUUCUUUAACUACUUGUUUUUUGCGACACCCAUUCAUGAUGGGAUGAGGACCCCUAUGCGUGACCGAGCAUGGAAUCCUUAUGCGCCGAUGAGUCCUCCCAGGGAUAACUGGGAAGAUGGAAAUCCAGCGUCUUGGGGAACAAGUCCACAUUAUCAGCCAGGAAGCCCUCCUUCUCGGGCAUAUGAAGCUCCAACUCCUGGAUCAGGCUGGGCUAACACUCCUGGUGGUAGUUAUAGUGAUGCAGGAACACCAAGGGAUAGCAGUUCUGCUUAUGCCAAUGCUCCAAGUCCGUACUUGCCAUCGACUCCUGGUGGGCAGCCUAUGACUCCAAGCUCUGCAGCCUACCUUCCUGGAACUCCUGGAGGGCAGCCAAUGACGCCUGGGACUGGUGGUCUUGAUGUCAUGUCCCCUGUAAUAGGAGGGGACAAUGAAGGACCAUGGUACAUGCCAGAUAUAUUGGUUAAUGUACGAAAGGCUGCAGAUGACUCUGCUAUUGGUGUUAUCAGGGAUGUGCUUGCGGAUGGGUCCUGUAGAGUAGUCCUUGGGGCAAAUGGCAAUGGUGAAACAAUCACAGCUCUUCCCAAUGAAAUUGAAAUAGUGGUACCGAGAAAAUCAGAUAAGAUCAAGAUCAUGGGUGGAGCGCAUCGCGGUGCCACGGGUAAGUUAAUUGGUGUUGAUGGCACAGAUGGAAUUGUAAAAGUAGAUGACACACUUGAUGUUAAGAUAUUAGACAUGGUUAUACUGGCAAAACUGGCUCAACCAUGAUUAUUGUGAUAAUAAAUAAAUGAAAUUACAUGAUUGAUCGUUGAGAUUU